GUGCAUCGUUGUAGAGUCACCACCAUGUUAAAAAUGGUGCUGAACUAACACAAGAGUCUCUCGGAUCUCCAUUUGUUCCCUCCGUCCUCUGAAGAAGCUGCCGCUGAAUCGACGAUUCUACAACGCCGAUUUUUCGUCGGGUGGUGGGGUAAGAAGUAAGAGCCAAAAUGAAUACAAUAUAGAAAUUGGCUGGUCUUUUUGUGCCUCUGCUUUGUAUAAGGUAUGGAAUCUUCAGAUGAUGAGGGAGUGGGUAUCCCAGAAGCGGUCACGAAUUAUCACUUUGUAGAUGAUAAGGAUGAACUCAUUCCAUUUUCUGUUUUACCAAUUCAAUGGGGUGAGGAUGAGAGCCCGGAAUCCACGGAAAAGCAGGUCUUCUUGCAUGGGACGGCUGAUGAUGGUCUUCAGAAAAUCUACAAACAGGUCACUGCUUGGAAGCUGGAUCUGUCAGAGGAGCAGCCCGAGGUGUCGGUGCUCUCCAAGGAGAAUAGUUGGAUAAAACUUCAGAAACCAAGGAAGAGCUUUGAUGAUACAAUCAGGACGAUCUUAAUCACCAUUCAUUGCCUUCAUUUUGCAAGGGUGAAUCUGGAAGCCUCAGAAAAGGCUCUCUGGGACCACUUGCGGAAAGUUUUUAGCUUAUAUGAAAUCAGACCAUCUGAAAACGAUCUUUUUGAUCAUGUGCCUUUGAUUAGAGACAUGGUUAAGAGAGAUGAAGAGCUAGCGAAAUCCAAGUUUCUUCUUGCAUAUCUUGAGAGACCCAAGAAGAGGAAAGCAUCUGAUGAGCAGGAUAUUCAUAGUCUAGAUGCAAAGAAAUCUAAAUUUAUAGUUGACGAUAAUGAAGAUAUCGAUGAGGAAAUAGAGGAUGCUGAUGCAGACGAAUCUGAUGAAGAGUCAGACCUGUUUGAUUCUGUUUGUGCCAUUUGUGACAAUGGCGGAGAACUUUUGUGUUGUGAAGGGAGGUGUUUGAGGUCCUUCCAUGCAACUAAAGAUGCUGGUGCUGACUCAGCCUGUAAAUCUCUUGGCAUGUCUAAGGCUCAAGUGAAAGCAAUUCAAAACUUCUUGUGCGCAAAUUGCCAAUACAAACGGCAUCAGUGUUUUUUUUGUGGCAAGUUGGGCUCUUCAGAUAAAUCCAGCAACGCUGAGGUUUUCCCCUGUGUUUCUGCAACCUGUGGCCAUUUCUAUCAUCCAGAAUGCGUUGCAAAAUUACUUCAUCCAGGAAAUGAUGCUGAAGCAGAAGAGCAUAAAAAAGAGAUAGCUGCUGGAGAACCAUUUACUUGCCCUGUUCAUAAAUGCCUUGUAUGUAAACAAGGAGAAAACAAGGAGGUUGAGGAGUUGCAAUUUGCUCUCUGUAGACGCUGUCCAAAGGCGUACCACCGAAAGUGCUUGCCCAGGAAGAUAUCUUUUGAAGAUUCAGAGGAUGAGGGUAUUGUACAGAGGGCUUGGGAUGAUUUGAUUCCAAACCGUAUCUUGAUCUACUGCUUGAAGCAUAAGAUUGAAGAAGAUAUUGGGACGCCGAUAAGAAACCAUAUAAUAUUCCCAUACACUGGAGAGAAGAAAAAAGUGCGUCCCUCAGAUUCACAAUCGGGCAAAGAAAAGAUUCUCGUAAAGAGGAAAGAUUCUGUCUUUGAAGACAUUCGAAAAGAUAGGUUGGCCACAAAGACCACAACUAAGUUAGGGAAGGGGUCUUUCCCCAUAAAAGAAAGUGAUUCUCCAAUAAAUAGUGAGAAACGACUAUCCCGGCAAGGAUCUGAUCUGCCAAAGAAAUCCACAACGCUUGAUGCCUCCAGAAAGCUUUUGAAGGAUGGUUCCAAGGCAGUCUCAAUAAAAGCAGAGAAGUCAACUUUAGCGGAGGAAAGCAGGACAUUUGUGAGAGAGGAGAAAUCACCAGUUAAUUCUAAGACAAAGGACAUGUCUACCAGUAAACUUGAAAAGAUUUUGUCCCCUACCGGCAUUAAGAAAUCAAGUAGUCCACUGCCUGUAGCAGAUGUCGAAACAGAAAAGAAGAUAAUGGCUUUGAUAAGGAAGUCAGCAUCUUCACUAUCACUGGAAGACAUCACGUCAAAGCACAAGCUGCCUUCUACACAUUCAUACUCCUCGAGAAACGUGGACAAGACAAUUACUCAGGGAAAGGUGGAGCGUUUUGUUGAGGCUGUCCGGACAGCUUUGCAGAAGUUAGAAGGCGGUGGCAGCAUUGAGGAUGCGAAAGCUGUUUGUGAACCUGAGAUCCUAACCCAGAUAAUUAAGUGGAAGAACAAGCUCAAAGUUUACCUUGCACCAUUUCUCCAUGGCAUGCGCUAUACAUCUUUUGGUCGCCAUUUCACGAAAGUGGACAAGCUUAAGGAGAUUGUUGACAAGCUCCAUUGGUAUGUCCAAAAUGGCGACACGAUUGUCGACUUCUGCUGUGGUUCUAAUGAUUUCAGUCUCUUAAUGAGAGACAAGCUUCAAGAAUCUGGGAAACAGUGCUCGUUCAAAAAUUUUGAUGUUAUUCAACCAAAGAAUGAUUUUAGUUUUGAAAAGAGAGAUUGGAUGACAGUCCGCCCAAGGGAAUUGCCUACUGGGUCCCAAUUGAUAAUGGGUCUGAACCCUCCGUUCGGAGUCAAAGCAGGCCUUGCAAACAAGUUCAUAGACAAGGCUCUUGAGUUCAAACCAAAGCUUCUCAUUCUUAUCGUUCCAAAAGAAACAGAAAGGCUAGAUGAGAAGAAGCAAUCACCAUAUGAUCUUCUUUGGGAGGAUGGCGAAAAACUCUCUGGCAAGUCUUUCUACUUGCCGGGAUCUGUCGAUGUGAAUGACAAGCAAAUGGAUCAAUGGAACUUGAAACCCCCAUUGCUCUAUCUUUGGAGCCGCCCCGACUGGACCGAGCGGAACAAGGCCAUCGGCAUCAAGCAGGGGCACAUAUCUAAGGAACAGGAGGCCAAGCAGGGCCACAUAUCUAAGGAACAGGAGGCCAAGCAGGGGCAUAUAUCCAAGGAACAGGAGGCAGCAUCCAUUGAAGAAAGUCACAAAGAGACACCAGCUUUGGAACAGGCAGCAGAGGACCAUGAUUUCUAUGGUGGUCUCUCCAAGAUCAUAAACGAUAUGCCAAUUCUCAACGAUCAAGCAGAGGUGGUGCCCGAACAAGCAGGAGUUGUUUCCUUCGAGGAAGAUAUGGAAAUCUCUCCAUCCCGGUCCCCAAAAUACAAUGGCCUAGAUGGCCCGAGGAGACAUGAAGGUGAUGGUGAUGGGGGCGGCCGUGAGAAAAAUGGGCAUGGGAGGGAAAUGUCCCAAGAAAAUUCUAAGGAGAGGCGGGGACGUAAAGGGAAGCGCGCGAGGAUGAAGGCUAGAAUGUCAGAAAACCGAACUUCUCCGAGGAUCAGUUCACCGCCCAAAAGAACUGAUUCUAGAAACAUCUUGGAAGCUCAGCCAUUGGAACCGUUCGAGAAUCGCUUGGAAAGAGCUGGCAGUGAAGAAGGCUUCCGGCAUUUCGACCUUGGCCUUCCAGGAUCCGGCUCAGAUUUUGGAAUUGGGUAUGGAUUGCAGCCGAGCAUUCCCGAUGAUGACCUGAAGGAUAUUGAGAGACGGUAUAGCUCAAACCGAGAUGACCAGUUUGCCAGUGGGCCCCACAAAUGGACAAGCAGUGGUAGCCUCAGUCUCAGCGGUGGUGGGAUUCAGAGUAUUGAGGAAGCGCUUCCAGGGUAUGUCAGAGAUAGAAACGUUGACACUUUCAGUCGUAAUCCUUAUACUGAUGAUCUCAGCAUGGCUGAGAAGUAUGCACGGACUACAGACCUGCGGCGGCAUAUCCACAUGUUCGGUCAGCAAGGCUACCCUGAUGAUUUGGCUCAAAGGAACCACCAGUAUCAGUUGGAACGGAGCUCAGGACCGGGUCAGCUAGGUUCACUUUCUUCAAGCCCCGGAAUUGGCCAACUGGGUUCGCUUUCUUCGAACCCCGGACUCAGCCAGCCGGGAUUACUUCCUUUACCAUUCGGUUUCUCGAGUAUGUCAGCUGAGCCUUCGAGGAUGGGUUCGUCCGUGACACAGCGGUACGCCCCGCGCCUUGAUGAGACGAACUAUGCAAGGUCGAGGAGCCCAUUAAGGCCCGAGGUGCCACUGGCACCUGGCAUGGGCAGCAUUUUUGACACAGCGCCCGGGUCGCGGUCCGGCUUCCAUGCAGACCCGCGGGGCUUCGCGCCAGGCCCCCACCGGACUUUCCAGCACCAGGGGUCAUCUGGGUGGCUUGAUGAGUGACUGUAGUUUGUAGCCAUUCAUCUGGACAUGCUGGUCCUCUUUGACAAUGCAAUUCGUACCACACAUGCUUGUUUUGUUGUACUUGUUAUAGAACUACUGAUUUUCAUUUCUAACAGGAAUAACUUGUUUGAGGGUUA